AUGACGACCCAAUCAGAUUUAAUUCACGACCCCGCGACAGCCGACGGAUGGCACGGCAUCAUUCCCAGCAACCGAUUCCCCGCUGAAAAGGGCCGCUAUCACCUAUACAUCGGCCUAUUCUGCCCCUUUGCGCACCGCGCCAACUUCGUGCGUCACCUUAAAGGCCUCACCGACUUCAUCGACGUCAGCAUAGUCAAGCCGUAUCCAAAGGGCGACGAAAAUGGUUGGCCAGGAUGGCGCUUUCCCAGCUCCAAUGAGGAAUAUCCCGGCGCGACAGUCGACCAUCUUUACAGAGAGGACUAUCUACACAAGCUGUAUUUCCGGGCAGAUCCGGAAUACAAAGGGCGGUACUCUGUGCCGUUGCUGUGGGAUAAGAAGACCGAUACAGCGGUUUGCAAUGAAAGUGCUGAGCUGUUACGCUGGCUUCCUUCGGCGUUCAAUGAGCUUUUGCCAGCAUCUCUCAGCAAGAUUGAUCUUUAUCCACCGCAUCUGCGUGCCCAGAUUGACGCCAUUACCCCUUGGAUGCAAUCGGACAUCAAUACAGGGGUUUACAAAGCGGGAUUUGCACCCUCGCAGGAAAUUUACGACAAGAAUGUCGUUCCCGUCUUUAGUGCACUAAACAAGCUUGAGAGUAUUAUUGCACUGAAUGGCGGCCCCUUCGUACUGGGACGCGACAUGACCGAGCUGGAUAUACGACUGUAUGCGACACUGGUUCGUUUUGAUACUGUCUAUGUUCAACAUUUCAAGUGCAAUCUGGGCACCAUCCGACAUGAUUAUCCAGUGUUGAAUAAUUGGUUGAAGGGCAUCUACUGGAACGUGGAAGCAGCGCGGGCAUCGACCAACUUCAAACAUAUCAAAGAAAAUGUGCUACCUCUCUUUCUUUCUUCCCAUAAUGACCCAAGCUGA